GAGUGCAAAUUACUCCUUUUAUACUGUAUUUUUUGUACCCUGUAAAAUAUAUAUAUUUUUCAAAAUAAGCAGUUCCAUCUUCUUGAGUGCUCAAAUGUGUGAUCUGGAAAUUUGUGUUGCACUUACUUUAUUUCCUGUGUCAUCUCUUCUCUCCUCCCCUCUUCACACACAAAAACCUCUCCACUAUAAAUACUGCAGACAGACAAAUACAUAUUGGUUUAACACAGCAGACACGUUUUGAGGCAGACAUGACAGAAAUUAAAACUGGGGUGUUUUGGAGGGCUGUGUCUGCAGAGUUUUUUGGCAUGUUACUCUUCAUUUUCAUCGGUUUAUCUUCCAUCGUUGGAAACCCUGUGAGUCCUGCUCAGGAGCUUAAGGUCUCGUUGGCUUUCGCUCUGGCCAUUGCAACUUUGGCUCAGAGUCUGGGGCACGUCAGUGGAGCACACUUGAACCCUGCGGUGACUCUCGGCCUGCUGGUCUGCUGCCAGAUCAGUGCCCUUAGAUGCAUUUUCUACAUUCUGGCUCAGAUGCUCGGGGCGGUUGCAGCUAGUGCAAUUGUGUACAGCUUUAAGAACAGUGGAUCUAUUGGUGUCAACCAGCUCAAUGUGCCUCUAGGACAAGGCUUCAUCAUCGAGUUCCUUGCCACCCUUCAGCUCGUCCUGUGUGUGAUAGCGGUGACUGAUAAGCGACGCAGGGAUGUUACAGGCUCUGCGCCGCUGGCCAUCGGGCUGUCUGUGGGACUUGGCCACUUAGCUGCUAUCAGCUUCACUGGAUGUGGCAUUAAUCCCGCUCGCUCGUUUGGACCUGCCUUGAUACGAAGUGUCAUGAAGAACCACUGGGUGUACUGGCUGGCUCCCAUGUGUGGUGGCAUAGCUGCAGCUCUUCUCUACGAUUUCCUUCUGUACCCACGAACAAACAACCUAAGAACUCGCAGAAACGUCCUGCUUUAUGGUACAGAAGAUGGAUUAGAUGGAUCCGAGUUAACUGGGGGAGGAAAUGUUAGCCCAGAGCCGAGUCAGUGGCCAAAACAAUAAUAGAUAUGCAACUUUUUUUUAACUUUUCUGUCAGUCAUGGAAUCUUAAAAGCCCCUGUUAGGGCCUUUCAGUAUGUCAAUUUUGGUGCCCCCUGUGGACAAAUUGAUGCCUUUUGUGGUUGCUGAUGUCCUGUACAUGUCAAAGUGCUUUUUAAUAGAUAAAAAAAAACUAACAUAUUGCUGUCUUUAAGUUAGACACGAUUUCAAUCUGAAUUUGGGUGCAGAGAUAGAAACAGAAGAGACAGGAGUUAAGAAAAAAUGUAUCAAUUAAAUCUGCAUCAUGUGCUUAGAUAGUUUCCAAAAACGGAAAAGGAAGGGAAAUUUUUUUAUAUUUCCGAGUAGGGCUGGAGAAGAAUAAGUCAAACACAAUGGAGCUCAACCACAAUGAAGUUUUACCACAUGGCAAGAAUCUUGUUUUUUUUUAUUUAUUUUUUUCAAUUAUACUGCUGCCAAAAAACUAUCCAGGAAGUGACGGCAGUGACUACAGUGCAUGUAGCUAAAGUGAUGUCCACAACAAUAUCCAGAGGUGCCCGGUUAUUAUUCCUAAUUGGCAGGAAGUCAAUGAACAUAUGAUAUUUAGAGUUGGCAUCCCUUUAAGAAGAAACGAUGUAUAUGGGUGACAAUUUGAUUGGUGGAAUAUUAAUGAUAAUAAACUUGAAUAUAUUUCUCUAAAA